AUGGCCUUCGCCUUGCCGGGAGUCACUUUGCCCGCUGUCGUCGAGGAGCUCCUGAGCGAGAUGGCUGCGGCGGUGCAGGAGAACGCGCGAAUUCCUGAUGAGCAUCUGUCAUCGCUGAAGUUCAUCUUCGGCUCAUCAGCCAUCCAGGCCUUGGACCUCGUGGACCGACAGUCUAUCACCUUAAUCUCAUCGCCCAGUGGGAGGCGUGUUUACCAG